GAACAACAACCCUUUGAGUAGAACUAUCAUCAUGAAGAAUGAUAAAAGUUUUACUUUUCAGAUGUUCGAUUCUUGUUCAUCUUCAUGUUUGCAACUUAUGGUAAUAUCCAUGAUCAAAUUCAACAACAAUGAAAAAAUCAGCAAAAUUUAACGAGUAUGCAAGCAACCGAGCAAAGUUGAUCGCUGAUGAACAUAAGUACAGAGGGGACCAUGAUUUCAUUACAUCUCUUUCGCCUACAGCCCAAGCUGCCAAUACUAUAGUUUCUCGCAUUCAACAAUUCAACCGGCAUGUUCUUUUUCAACCAGUUUGGCAAACGCAUAGCUUACGUCCAGGUUCUGGUUUCCCUCAUAUCAAAGAAUCCAUAGCAAGGACAGCUCUAUUAGAAAUAAUCAAAAAGUUACCAAAGGGAGCAAUUCUUCACGCCCACCACGUUACUUGCGUCUCGAUGGAUUUUAUCAUUGACACGAUGAUAAAGACGCCGGGCAUGUAUAUUAGCGCCACAAGGCCCCUUGACUCAUGGUGGGCGAAAAGAGAGAAGAGGAUAAAAAUAAAAUUCACAUACAGUUCUUCGCAACCUAGGCAAACUAGAAACUCGGCGAACAAUCUUUGGGAUCCUGAUUAUGUAUCCGACUCACUUGUUCCAGUCUCUCUAGCAGCGUCGACAUUCAACAAUUACACACCCUCUAUGGAGCAUUACGAAUAUCGUAUCCCAGCUCCUUUCCAAAGACAUCCUCCUAAGGGCAAGUCUUACUUUAUUACCUGGUUAAAGAAUCGAUUAAUGGAGACAAAGUCCCAGCGUAAAAAUGUCAGUGGAGGUGUCAAUGAAGCUUGGAAUACAUUCCAGAGUGGAAUAAAGCUACUUAAUACGAUGAUUCAUAACGAGCCAGUUUUCAGACCAUUCCUUAGGCAAAUUUUUGAAGGAUUGGUCGAGGACAACGUUAAAUGGAUAGAGAUUAGGAUGAUUUUCAAGGUUGACUUUCAAUUGGAAUGGAGUGACGCACCGUCUGGAGAAAUUGAAAUGGCAAGAGUAAUUUGGGAAGAAAGAGAAAAGUUUGCAAUUACGAUGAAAAAGAAAAAUAAAGAAUGGUGGGGGCUGCGGGUUAUCUGGACAGGCUUUAGACUAUGGAAAGAUCAAGAAAUCAAAGCUGAUAUGGUGGCUUGCAUGCGUGUGAAGGAACGAUAUCCAGAUCUGAUCUCAGGCUACGACCUAGAGGGACAAGAAGAACUCGGUCGUACGCUUGAAGAUCUCAUGCCUAUUUGCCUCUGGUUUAAGGAGCAAUGCAAAAACCGCAAAUUAAACAUUCCAUUCUUCUUGCAUGCUGGAGAAUGCUUGGGUAAUGGUGAUGUAAAUGACCAUAACCUUUACGAUGCGAUUCUUCUUGGCACUCGACGUAUUGGUCAUGGAUAUUCACUUCCUAAACACCCGCUGCUCGAAGAAAUUUGCAAAGAGCGACAGAUUAUGAUUGAGUCCUGUCCACUCUCAGAUGAAAGUUUGAGGUUAACCCAUUCUACGAGUGCUCAUACUUUACCAAUGCUGUUGGCAAAAGGUGUAAAUGCUAGUUUGAAUUGUGAUGACCCAUUUCUAUCAGGUCAAGAAAUGGUGGGUGUUUCGUUGGAAUUCUUCAUGUGCCUUUGGUCAUGGGAUAAUCUAGAUCUGGGAGGUCUGGGUCAUUUGGCACAAAACAGCGUUAGGUGGUCACAGUUUGAAGAUCAGACUGACAAAGAUUGGCAAUUGGGCAUCCGAUUAGGUGAGAGUUCAAAGAAAAGAUUAAAGGGCCAGAGAAUGCGAGAGUGGAAGGAAGACUGGGAAACAUUUUGUGCUUGGAUUGUUGAGAGAUACGGAGAGCCUUGGGGAAACGAAGAUGCUUUUAAGGCUACCAUGAAAGAGAGAGUGGCAGUGGUAGAGGAAAACAAGGCGUAUGAAGAUGCGGUAGAAAAAGACCUUGAUAUAAGAGAAAGGCGAUUCAAGAAGAGGAAAGAGGCGGUAGUAGAAUGGAGAGAGAAAAACACAAAGAAAAGGAAGUUCAUUGCCAAAGCGAAGGAACUGAUGGUCGAGGAAAAUUUACAGAAAAAUAUGUCUAAAGGGUUGAAAACCCCUCCUGACAGUCCUGAUAAGACUCCAAAGAUGGUGUUGAGGAAGCUACCCAAAAGUUAGAACUGCAUCUCGGAAGUAUGAUCAAAGCUAAGUGCAUUUGAGUUCCCGCUCAACAUGUCAAAGUCAGGAAAUAGUAGCAGGUCAGUGGUAGCUUUUGUGCUAUAUAUCACUACACAUUUUAUAGUUAAAUUAGGAUACACGCCUAGUCAGAAGGAAUUCCAGCAAUGAAAAUACGUGAUCUUGCACCA